AUGGAACUGAUAUUCCAAGAUGCACAGGAUGCUGACUUCCAGCAGAUGUGUAGCUACGCCGAGAAGCGACUGGCGCUAUCCAAGCUGUGCGAAGUCCUCUUAUCUUAUGCUGCAAUGCUACCGACGGUCAUGCAGUGUCUGUACACGGCAGGCACGCAGAAUAGGAAGGCAAGACCUGGUAUCCGCAUCGGUUAG